AUGCUGAAGGGGCUCCAGCUCUCCCUGUGGGUCUUCUUCCUGCUUGCCUGCGGCUUCCUCUACCUGUUGACCCUGAAGUCCAGUUGCCUCUUCUCCUGCCUUCCCACCUACCAAUCCCAACAGGGGCUGGAAGGCGUCCUCAGGCACCACCACAGCAUUGUGUUCCUGGAGACCUCAGAGAGGAUGGAGCCGCCCCCGCUUGUCUCCUGUGCUGUGGAGUCCGCUGCCAGGAUCUAUCCCGAGCAGCCUGUGGUCUUCCUUCUGAAGGCGCUCAACGAUUCCACCCAGCGGUCCACAAAUGCCACGUACCCGGCCGUUUCCCUCCUCUCAGCAAUAGACAAUGUUUUCCUCUUCCCUUUGGAUAUGAGAAGGCUGUUUGAAGAUACACCACUGUUUUCAUGGUACACUCGAGUCAACAUCAGUGCAGAAAGCAACUGGCUCCAUGUCAGCUCAGACGCGUCCCGCCUGGCCAUCAUCUGGAAAUAUGGUGGCAUCUACAUGGACACCGAUGUCAUCUCCAUCAGGCCUAUCCCCGAGGACAACUUUUUGGCUGCACAGGGCUCUCGAGACUCUAGUAACGGGGUGUUUGGGUUUCUCCCCCACCAUCCCUUCCUGUGGGCAUGCAUGGAAAACUUUGUAGAACACUACAAUUCAGACAUUUGGGGCAACCAGGGCCCCCUUCUGAUGACAAGGAUGCUGAGGGUGUGGUGCAAACUCAGAGAUUUCCAGGAGGUGAGUGACCUCAGGUGUCUGAAUUUGUCCUUCCUACACCCCCAGAGAUUUUACCCUAUCUCUUACUCACAGUGGAGGCGCUAUUAUGAAGUCUGGGACACAGACCCCAGCUUCAAGGACUCCUACGCCCUGCAUCUGUGGAACUACAUGAACCGCGGAAGGAAGGUCAUGGUGAAAGGAAGCAACACGCUAGUGGAAAAUCUCUACCGCAAGCACUGUCCCAGGACCUACCGGGACUUGGUUCCAGGCCCAAAGGAGUCUGUGACUAGGGCCCUGGGUCCAGGCAACCAAUAG